UUUUUUUUUUUUUUUUUUUAAUUCUUUAUUCUUAACUUGGAGUUAUUGAAGCCACGUGGACGUGAAUGCAGAGUUGAUCAUCUGGAAUAGUGCCAUUUGUCCACCUGUUAAUAUUAGCCUCAAGCACACCACGUAUUUCAGCGACGUGGAAACAAAUUGUCCUGCUACCGACUGGUGCCACAGAAGUGAAGGACCACUCGGACAAUGCAAACUGUGGAUCUGAUGACGCACCUCCGAAUGCCAGAAUUAGGGGAGUUCCAGCAGUACUUGCGGGCUGUACCGACGUACUCGAUAUUAGGGAUUGGCACCAUUGCAGCCCUGACAAUGUACUGGUACACCUCAAAACCCAAGGCACAGAUACCACCUUGCGACCUGUCCAUGCAGUCCAUCGAAGUUGAUAACUUUGACCAUUCUCGGAAAAGUGUACUGCUUAAAGAAGGUCAAGACCUGAUGACGGUCUACUAUCAAGAAGUACAAACACUAUAUGAUGUGUUAAAAAGAGGUUUGAUUGUAUCAGGUAAUGGACCCUGUGUGGGCUGCAGAAAGCCAAAUCAACCUUUCCAGUGGAUAUCCUAUCGUGAAGUUAGUGAAAGGGCAGAAUGUAUAGGUUCGGGAUUUAUACGUCGCGGCUACAAAGGAGGGAAUAGUGAAUAUAUAGGAAUUUAUGCCCAAAACAGACCAGAGUGGGUUAUUGUUGAACAGGCUUGUUACGCGUUUUCCAUGGUCGUUGUGCCACUGUACGAUACGCUGGGGAUCGAAGCUAUUUCCUUUAUCAUAAACAAAGCGGAUAUGGAAGUAGUAGUCUGCGACACAGCAGGCAGAGCACGCAUGCUUCUAAAUGGGGUGGAAACUGGGAUCACAGCAGAACUCAAGACUAUCGUUGUCAUGGAAUCUUUUGGAGAAGACCUCGUACAUCGAGGAAUACGACAUGAAGUUGAGGUUGUCUCUUUAGCCGAGAUAGAGAAAUCUGGAAAGGAAAAGAAACAUAGGACAAGCCCACCAGAUCCCAAAGACUUGGCUGUUAUAUGUUUCACCAGCGGAACCACAGGAAAACCCAAAGGGGCAAUGCUGACUCAUAAAAAUAUUGUGGCUAAUUUCUCUGCUUUUGUGAAAGUUACCGAGGGACAAUGGACGGCCUCACCCUCUGAUAUACACAUUUCCUUUUUACCACUUGCACACAUGUUUGAGCGUCUGGUACAGACUGUGGUCCUCUGUCACGGCGGACGGAUCGGAUUUUUCCAGGGAGACAUCAGGCUGCUAAUGGAUGACAUCAAGCUUUUGAAGCCAACAAUCUUCCCAAUUGUUCCCCGCCUGGCCAAUAGGUUGUAUGAUAAGAUUCACAGCCAGGCCAACGGUUUUUUUAAAAGAAAGAUAUUGCAAUUAGCUUCUUGGAGGAAAAUUGCAGAGCUUCACAAAGGGAUCAUGCGCCGUGACAGCAUAUGGGACUUCUUGGUCUUUCGUAAAAUACAGGACAGUCUGGGUGGUCAGGUAAAAUUGAUGGUGAUUGGAGCUGCUCCGGUAUCUGAUACUGUCCUUGACUUUGUCAGGGCGGCUAUGGGCUGUCAGUUCUAUGAAGGAUUCGGGCAAACGGAAUGCACGGCGGGUUGCUCAAUGACCAUUCCUGGAGAUUGGUCCGCAGGUCACGUUGGGGCACCAAUGCCUUGUAAUCUGGUUAAACUUAUUGAUGUACAUGAAAUGAAUUAUUUUUCUGCUAAUGGGGAAGGUGAGGUGUGUGUAAAGGGACCAAACGUUUUUUCUGGUUACCUAAAAGAUCCCGAGAGAACAGGGGAAGUUCUGGAUGAAACUCGUUGGUUGUACACAGGGGAUAUCGGAAAGUGGCUGCCUAAUGGCACUCUGAAGAUAAUCGAUAGAAAGAAGCACAUAUUCAAACUGGCACAGGGAGAAUACAUUGCCCCGGAAAAAAUUGAAAACAUCUAUGUGCGAUGUGAGCUAAUUGCCCAGGUGUUCGUACAUGGUGAUGGUCUGCAGGCCUUUCUGGUAGGAAUUGUGGUACCUGAUCCCGAAGUGGUACCUGAGUGGGCAAACAAGUGGAACCUCAAAGGAUCAUAUGAAGAGUUAUGUAAAAGCCAGGCUUUAAAGGAUGCUAUUUUAGCAAAUAUGCUAAAAGUUGGGAAAGAAGCUGGGCUGAAAACAUUUGAACAAGUGAAGGACAUUCAUCUCUAUCCCGAGAUGCUGACUGUUGAAAAUGGCCUUCUGACCCCAACAUUCAAGACCAAGAGAUUGGAAAUGAGAAAAUUCUUUCAUAAACAAAUUGCUGAACUUUAUGCACAAAAUGCUGUAUAAAUCAGUGCACAUUUUCAAAGCAAAACUAAUUAAUGUCUUGUUCAUUUGAUAAUAAUAACUGAUGCUUUGCAAUGAUCUAUCAGAAUAUAUAUACAUAAAUAUAUUCCUAUUUUGUACAACAAGCCUUAUGAGCCAAAAAAAAAAUAUCACAGCAUAUCACUUGAAGUAUAUUUGUUGAUUUCCAAAAAAAGCCUUAUAUUUGAAGAUCUCAUCUCUCCCAUGGGGCCAUGGCAGAGCAAACUUGAAAUGAAACGGGAGCACAACUUAAGUUGCACUUAGAUGUAAGGAUGUACAGUUGUCACAAAAUGCACUAUUGAAUAACAUUCUUUUUAUAUCUAUGUCUGCUGCAACUGUUGCACAAAUGUCUCAAAAUGAAAUGAAAAUUAAUACUGAAAGCUUUAACAAGAUUACAUAUUUAAUUUAUAUCUCCCCGAGGUUUGAUAUUUGAUUAUGUUUAAAAGGCUUGCCAUUGUAGAUGUUUUUGUAUACAAAACCAAAAGAGAACUUUGCAAAAUUGUCAGUAAAAUAAAAAUAAAAGGUACAUUUUCU